UCUCGGAAGUGGAUGUUGCACUUUCGUGAAGUUUACGACGAUAAUGCGCUGAAGAAAAAAAAAUUUAUUAACCUGUGGUUUCAGGAAUGAGGAGUACUAAUUUCAUGCUGAUGUUAUAUCAUUCGAACUGUUUUCGUAUUGUGAUCGUGUUCCAUUUUAUAUUGUUUACAAGUUUUAUAUUAAUGCCAACCAUUAAUGCCGCCAAAGUGGGGAGUAAUAAAUUCGGUGAUUCUAAUAUUUCGAAUAUCUUGGAAUCUGUCAGCGCAAGCUACGAUAAAAGAGUUCGUCCUAAUUAUGGAGGACCUCCGGUAGAAGUUGGGGUUACCAUGUACGUUCUGAGUAUAAGCUCGUUAUCAGAAGUACAAAUGGAUUUCACGCUGGAUUUUUAUUUCCGGCAAUUUUGGACUGAUCCGAGGCUAGCGUUUCAAAAACAACCGGGAAUCGAAACUCUGUCUGUCGGUUCAGAAUUCAUCAAGAAUAUCUGGGUGCCGGAUACAUUUUUUGUAAAUGAAAAAACGUCUUACUUUCACACAGUUACUACCAAUAAUGAAUUUUUAAGGAUAGGACAUAAUGGUAGUAUUACAAGGUCCAUGAGAUUAACUAUCACAGCCUCGUGUCCGAUGGAUCUGCAGUAUUUUCCAAUGGAUAGACAGUUAUGCAAAAUUGAAAUAGAAAGCUUUGGUUACACUAUGAAAGACAUUAGGUACAAGUGGAAUCAGGGACCAACAUCUGUGGGUGUUUCGAAUGAAGUGUCCUUACCGCAAUUUAAAGUACUUGGACAUAGACAAAAAACAUUUGAAAUUAGUCUCUCGACAGGAAACUACUCGAGAUUGCUGUGCGAAAUUCAGUUCGUCAGAUCGAUGGGUUACUAUCUGAUCCAAAUUUACAUACCUUCGGGACUGAUCGUGAUCAUUUCGUGGGUCAGCUUUUGGCUAAAUCGUAACGCAACUCCGGCUAGAGUGCCGUUAGGUGUUAUCACUGUGUUAACCAUGACUACCUUGAUGUCAUCUACAAACGCAGCCUUACCAAAAAUCUCCUACAUCAAAUCAAUCGAUGUGUACCUGGGAACCUGCUUCGUGAUGGUGUUUGCUUCUUUAUUGGAGUACGCAACAGUGGGUUACAUGGCGAAACGUCUGCAAAUGCGAAAAAAUCGCAUUUUAGCUUUGCAAAAACUGGUAGAACAACGUAAGCCGACGAUUGCCGAGUACAGCAGAGCAUCGACCAUGUACAGCAGACCGUCGUUUUGCGGCUCUCAAUAUGACUGUGAACAUACGCCUAAACAAACCGAGGUCAGAUAUAAAUACCAUCACGAUUCUAGAUACCCGUUUAGAAGCGUUACCUCGGAGAACACCAUCAAUGGUCGUCCAGACGAUGAGACGCCCGCACCUCCUGUAAACGUCGUACACCCUUUGUAUCCGGAUAAAGAUUUGAACAAAUUAUACGGAAUCUCGCCCAGUGAUAUCGAUAAAUAUUCCAGAAUUGUUUUCCCAGUUUGUUUUAUAUGUUUUAAUUUAAUGUAUUGGAUUAUUUAUUUACAUAUUAGCGACGUCGUGGCCGAUGAUUUGGUACUUUUGCAGGAAUCCUAAGUUCUCGUCUGUCUCUGUCUCUGUGUCUCUCUGUCUGUCUGUCCUGUUUGUACCUAUUUUAUUAUUGUUUGGCUAAUUCGUGUAUAUCUACGAGUACCUACGUACUUUUAUUACCUGUGUAUUUUCGUACCCUUCGCAUCGUUUUCUUGAAACUUGAAAUCAUAAGUUUAAUUCUGGUUUACAACCUCAUACCUACCAUAAAAAUGUACUCGCUGAAUGCAAUUAAGGUUCAUUCCAUCGUCUUAUACACAUAGGGUAAGAUAAUGCAAUGUCCUGCAUUUACUUUUUUUUAUUUCAUUAUUUUUAUAAUUGGCCCGAGUUUCCUUAGAAGUAAGAAAAAAUAGAUUCAACUAUGUCUAUCACGAUUCUGUAAUGAAUAGAGGAGGGGCACUCGCAAAAUCCUUUUUAGGAUACCAGAAAUCUAGGACCACAGGGCGCGCAAGAUUAUUUUUAGCCAUAGACAUUUCAAUUCAAAAAAAUUCAACUCAAAUUGGAAACUUGAACUUGAAUAAUUUAACGUUGGAUUUGAGGAUUUGAAGGGAUUGAGUAGAGAUGACCUUGACCGAAAAUUCAUGAAACUCGCAUUUUUCAAUGGCAAAGAUGGAAAAGAAGGACAUUUAAAAAAGUCAAAAUACGAAUCAGUCGAUAGAAAUCAAAUGUUGCAUAACAUUAGGCACUAGUAAUUUACAUACCAAAAAAUGGUUUCAAUUUGCCAAAAAUUUCCAAUUUAUCAAAAAUAAUUGAUUCAUUUUUUGAAAGUUUGAUACUUAUGAUUUCAAUAAUUUACUAAUUCUGGUAAUUUUUUUGGUAAAUUACUGGACAUUACUGGGUAAACUACUGGAAUUUUUUUGGUAAAUUACUGGUCAUUUUUUGGGAAAUUACUGGAAUUUUUUGGUAAAUUACUGGUAAUUUUUUUGGUAAAUUACUGGUAAUUUUUUUGGUAAAUUACUGGUAAUUUUGUUGGUAAAUUACUGAUAUUUUGUUAAAAUAACAGGUGAUUUUGGAAAAUUACAGGAAAUGCUGGUAAAGUACCAGUAAUUUUAGGUGAAUUUUUGGUCAUUUUAAAAAAGUGUAAAAUUGGUAAAUUGUGGGUAAUUUUGGUAAAUUGGUGGUAAUUUGACUUUGGUAAAUUACAGGAAAUGUUGGUCAAGUACUGGUAAUGAAUUACUGGUAAUUUUUGAUAAAUUUUUGGUAAUUUUUGGAAAAUUUACCAAAAUUUUUGUUGUUUAUCACUGGUAAUUUUUUGGUUAAUU